AUGACUGAUGCAGACCCCCCGCCCGAGGCUCAGCGCUUUGGUAGAGAUCAAACGCCCGAAUCUCCACGUCCGGUCCAUUUGCCUGAACCUUCCACCAUCCCAGUCCUGCUGAACCAGAUGGAUCCGGUCUUCAAUGAUACCGAGACGUACAAUAUUCCGCAUAACCAGAAUUUCUCUCCUUACUCAGACUCUGCUCGCGCCAUGAAUGAGAAUGAUCCCAAUGAUCCGAAUGCGAACGAGCAGGACGCUGUCCAGAACUUCCUGAGAGGCGCCGAGGAGGAAAAUGCUCGUCUGGAUGAUCCUGCUCAGCUCCCGUCCACACACGGCCAAAUGACCCAGAAUGAUCCCAGCGUCGAAGCACAUCUCCUUUCGGCACUUGCAAAUGCUCCUGCUCAUCCACAAUCAUCUGAUGCCCAUGCAAAUUCACCCCAAGAUCAACCCAACAAAGCCGGAGAUGAAUCGCAAACAAGCAAUGAAAUGAACCCAGCUCCUGAACCCACUACCAAUCCGGAUGCCAACAACGAUACGCAGAACGCCCUUGCAGCGAGCUCGUCUGACUCAGAGCCCAUACCCACCGUGAAGCUUGAACCUCAGUCGAACCCAGGUGGUGUAGAUUACCAGUCACUUCUGGACACUAUUUCUCAGUCUGCUUCUACUGCUCCCACUGCGGACUCUGUCUCUGCCCCUACUACUGCCGCUUCGUUGACUUAUCAAGGAGCGCAAUCAGUGUUGCCAGUUCCAGGUCUACCGCCAAAGCCACCGACGCAAGCCCCAUCUUCGGACCCUUCCAAUGUUUAUGCUUUUCCUACUGUCAGCACCGACCAACGACUACCAUUCCAGCAGGUAGCGCAAGAGGGACAGUCCCAGCUUGUCAACCAAGAGGCGCAGCACCAAUCUGUGAGCCAUGAUGUCUUCACUCACGCUAAUGGCGUUGGCUCGUCUGGAUCCUAUCCAGCCUCAUUUCUCCCACACUCCGUUCCUUUGCAAGCCCCUGGCACGGGUGCAUGGCCUCCACCGGGCAACCAAGUAUCCCCCAUCUCUCCUGCUCAAUCUCUACAACCUCCGGAAUCGACAAGAUCGGCAGAACCGGUGGAAAGACCAUGGACGCCACGUACCCAAGCACUCUACGAUUCUUUCCUCGAAGAUGAAAGACGAUAUGUGACUGAAGGGAUAUGGGACAAAUUUCCGUCAGGUUCUCGUCUCUUUGUGGGUAACUUACCAAGUGAGAAGGUGACCAAGCGUGAUAUUUUCCACAUCUUUCACAGGCAUGGGAGACUUGCUCAGAUUUCAAUCAAACAGGCCUACGGUUUUGUUCAAUACCUGGAGGCCUCGUCCUGCCAUGCAGCUCUGCAGGCGGAACAAGGUGUGGAGAUACGAGGCAGAAAAGUACAUUUAGAGGUAUCGAAGCCUCAAAAGAACACCAGAAAUCAACAAGGACAGCAAGGGAACAAGAGGCGUCGAUCUCGCUCACCCGAGCGUAGAGGUCAACGCCAGAACGAUCGAUUUGACCGUCCAAACUACAGUGACUUUCGGGACGAGCGCAGUCGGCAAAGCGACUACAGACGGUCGCCUUCUCCGGCAAGAGGCUACCGCUCCAGGGAAGACCACCGGGCCGCUGCUCAAAGUCCUAACUUUGGUCCAGGUGGAAGACCGAACUCGCCCUAUACUACUGCUUUCCCGUAUCCGGCGCCUCCAGGGAGCUACGACGAGGAAGCUACUCUGCCUCUGCCGCGUCGAGAUCCACGAGAUGCUCCGGAUGUGCAAAUCCUCAUCCUUGAACCCUCGGUCGCGCAGAGUUUCAUCAACUGGGUUGAGCAAGGGUUCCGCAACAAGGGACUGCGUGCGUCCACGAUAUGGCUCAGCGCUCGGUUGCCUCUUUCUGCCGUUGUGAAACGUCAAAUCAUCGAGGGUGUCCAAGGUGUUGUGAAACUCGUGCAAGCGAAUCAGUAUAACAGUAAGAUCCCGUUACAAGUUUUUGACAGGAGUCAGGGGACAACGAACGUUAGCUUCAACGAGUACGUUGACCUUGAUGUUACCGUUGCCGCCGACAUUGUCCUCAGUGCCCGACAGAAGGAACGAGGGGGUUUGCAGCAAAGCCCACAAUCAUACCAUCCGCCACAAGGUUAUCCGCCACAGAACCAUUAUGGAUACGCCCCGCCACCUCAGUACCCCCCAACAGCUUACCCUACACAACCGCAGCAACACAACCAAUACCAGUACAGCCAGAAUGCUCAAUAUCAGAACCAGGCUCAGACCCCGGUAACCCCCGGUUCGGCCACAGCUGCUCCAAAUCUGCAGCAGCUUCUGGCAAACCUGCGACAGCCUGGUGACUCCCAGCCGAAUAGUGCCUCCCCCAGUGGAAAGCCGACGCCUGACCUUGCCGGACUUCUAAGCAAUGUCGCUCGCCACCAGCAGCUUCCCCCUCACCAACAACAGUCGCCUACACAGCAUGGUUAUGGGCCUGCUGCGCCCGCUUAUGGGGUCGGUCAACAGCAGUCGCAACAGAAUGUGCAGAACAUCAUGGAUACCCUCGCUAGGUACAACAGGUGA